AUGAACAGUUCAAGCGGUGGUGCUGGCAAGGAAGAGCAAAAGCAAGAAUAUACAAAGUUUAGGUCUCAAUCAUCACCUAAGGCGUCCUCCUGGACACCAAUUCGGGCCCUUACGAUCGCUGCAUCCGCUGCAGGGCUAGGAUACGGCUACGCUACCUACAGCCAAACUCCCCAAACUCCCACAAAACCUCAAUAUGGCUCGGUGAAAGAUUUCGAAAAGGCUAUCUCCGAGUUACGAGCCAUGCUGGGCGAAGACACCAUCUCCACUGAUGAAGAUGACCUCCAUCGACACGGCUAUUCCGAGUGGUCCAGUCUGAACGCAGACCGUCUGCCCUCCGCCAUCGCCUACCCCGAGACAACCGAAGAUGUCGUGAAAAUCGUCAAGGUCUGCCACAAAUACCGCAUGCCCAUGAUCCCCUUCUCUGGCGGGUCGAGCCUGGAAGCCAACUUCUCCGCCCCGUUCGGCGGCAUGACCAUUGAUUUCGCAAUGAUGAACAAGAUCCUUGACAUCCACGAAGAUGAUAUGGACAUUGUGGUUCAGCCCUCGAUCGGCUGGAUGGAUCUGAACGAGCAGAUUAAGGGAACGGGCCUAUUCUUCCCCGUUGAUCCCGGCCCUUCGGCUAUGAUCGGCGGUAUGAUCAGUACAAACUGCAGUGGAACAAAUGCUGUGCGAUACGGUACCAUGAAAGAUUGGGUUAUCAAUUUGACUGUCGUCUUAGCCGAUGGCCGAGUCAUCAAAACCCGCCGGCGCCCUCGCAAGACUUCGGCCGGGUAUAACCUCACAGGCCUACUUGUCGGCUCGGAGGGCACGCUGGGAAUAGUGACGGAAGCGACUCUCAAACUGGCGCCUAUCCCUGAGCAAACCCGUGUUGGCGUAGUGGCAUUCUCGACUAUUCGUGACUGUGCCUCGACGGCGCAACAGCUCAUUCGGAGAGGUAUUCAGGUCCAGUGUAUGGAAAUCUUGGAUGAUGUUCAGAUGGAUGUUAUCAACCGUGCUGGUGGAACGGGCCGAACAUGGAGCGUCUCCCCUACCCUGUUCUUCAAGUUUUCCGGGACCUCGGCUGGAGUUGAAGAUAAUAUCAACUUGACAAGGGAACUGGCCCAAAACAACAAUGCGCAAGGAUUCCAGUUUGCCAAGGACGAGAAAGAGGCUCAUGAUCUUUGGUCUGCGCGUAAACAGUCGCUUUGGAGUAUGAUGGCUCUUCGCAAAGAGGGUUCUGAGGUUUGGUCGACCGAUGUGGCCGUGCCGAUCUCUCGUCUUCCUGAUAUUAUCGAAAUUUCCAAGAAAGAACUUGACGACCUUGGUUUAUUUGCUAGCAUUUUGGGUCAUAUUGGUGAUGGAAAUUUCCAUGCAAGCAUCAUGUAUGAUCGCAAUGAUCCAGCGGAGAAAGAAAGGGUAGAGAAAGUGGUAUAUGACAUGGUUGAUCGUGCCCUUGAGAUGGAGGGCUCUUGCACGGGUGAGCAUGGAGUCGGCCUGGGUAAGAAGGACUCGCUACGGAAAGAGGUCGGAGAGGAAACUAUUGAAAUUAUGCGGAGUGUCAAGCGUUCCUUAGAUCCAUGCUGGUUGUUGAAUCCUGGGAAGAUUUUCGAUUUGGAUGAAUGA